GCCGCGGGGAGCCGGAGCAGAGCCCGCCGCAUACAAGCCUCUGCCUGCCCGGGCGGCCGUGGCUGCCGCCCCGCUUCUCCUGUUGCCCGCACGACUGGGAGGCAGGACCAGACCCGAGGGGUCGGUCCCGACGCUGCGCCUUCCCGGCACCGGCAGCAACUUUGCCGCUCCGGCCGCGCUCGCUGCUCCCUGCCGCCGUGCGAGCGUUCGGAGGGUGCAGUGACCGAUCCCAGCAAGAGUUUUGCAAAGCUCUGAUACACCCUGAGCUGCGCGCAACAACCUGUGUUCUCCGAGGUGCUGGAGAGAAGGAAUUAUGUGUUCGCGACCGCCCGGCGAGGGGAGGUGUCUUCCUCAAGGGACUUUUCCUCACCCAUAGAGCUGCCGGCUGCCCGCGACGGCGGGAGGACGCAAAUGGGCAGAACGAGGCCGUUGUGGCUGCUGGCGAGGAGGCAGCGGUCCCGGGAAAGGGCGGAGCGCCGGGGGGGGGGUCCUCCCGGCGCUGCACUUGCUACAUUAACUCGGCGCGUCGGCGACGGCGACACAACUUUCUGGGUCUGCCCCCGGUGACGGCGAGAAGAGCCUCUUCGCCGCUCCGCUCGCCACGUCCCCCGCUGCCCGCGGCGGACCCCGGCAACAGCGGGAGCUGCGCUCCGGCGGCAGCAGAGUCGCGGUUGCUCCCGCUCCGGCCCCGGCGAGGAGGGCUGUCCCCGGGAGCCGGGCGGGCAUGUCUCCCGCUUCCAGCCCCGCUGAGCGAGGCGGAUGCCGCCUCUGAAGGGGAGCGUGUGAGCCCCGCCGCCUCCCGGCCAUGCGGCCCCUCCGCGCUCCCCUCGCCCUGCUCUGCCAGGUGCUGAGCGCCUGGGCUGCCUGCGCCCUCGCCCCGGCUCCCGUCGCGGCCGCCGGGGCGCCGGCGCCCCCGCAGCGCGCCCGCUCGCACGCGGCGGCGGAGAGGGGCGGGGCGGGCGGGCCCCGCUGGCUGCCCCUGAACGGCUCGGCCGGCGGUGAGGGCAGCGCCGGGGGCCGCGGGAACGCCACGGGGCGCCGCGCCCGCCUCCGCAACCCCUUCUACCCGCUGACCGAGGAGUCCUACGGCGCCUACGCCGUCAUGUGCCUCUCCGUAGUGAUCUUCGGCAUCGGCAUCAUGGGCAACAUGGCAGUGAUGUGCAUCGUCUGCCACAACUACUACAUGCGGAGCAUCUCCAACUCCCUGCUGGCCAACCUGGCCUUUUGGGACUUCCUCAUCGUCUUCUUCUGCUUGCCGCUGGUCAUCUUCCAGGAGCUCACCAAGAAGUGGCUCCUAGAAGACUUCUCCUGCAAAAUCGUCCCGUACAUCGAGGUGGCCUCUCUUGGAGUCACCACAUUCACACUGUGUGCCCUCUGCAUUGACCGGUUUCGUGCUGCCACCAACGUGCAGAUGUAUUAUGAGAUGAUUGAAAACUGCACCUCGACGACAGCCAAGCUGGCUGUCAUCUGGGUAGGUGCCCUGCUGCUGGCACUGCCGGAGGUGGUGCUGCGCCAGCUGGCCAAGGAGGACCCCGAGUACAGUGGCAGCCCCCCGGGUGAGCGCUGCGUGGUGAAGAUAUCCACUGCACUGCCCGACACCAUCUACGUGUUAGCUCUCACCUAUGAUGGGGCACGACUCUGGUGGUACUUUGGCUGCUAUUUUUGUUUGCCUACCCUGUUCACUAUUACCUGCUCCUUGGUGACAGCAAGGAAAAUCAGGAGGGCUGAAAAGGCUUGCACAAGGGGGAACAAGCGACAAAUUCAGCUGGAAAGUCAGAUGAACUGCACAGUGGUGGCUCUGACCAUUUUGUAUGGGUUUUGCAUCAUUCCGGAAAACAUUUGCAACAUUGUGACUGCCUACAUGUCCACAGGGGUCUCACGACAAACUAUGGACCUCCUCCAUCUCAUUAGCCAGUUCCUUUUGUUCUUUAAGUCCUGUGUUACCCCAGUUCUCCUCUUCUGCCUCUGUAAACCUUUCAGCCGGGCCUUUAUGGAGUGUUGCUGUUGCUGCUGUGAUGAAUGCAUCCAGAAGUCUUCCACAGUGACAAGUGAUGACAAUGACAAUGAGUACACCACGGAACUGGAGCUCUCUCCUUUCAGUACCAUCCGUCGCGAAAUGUCCACUUUUGCCUCCGUGGGGACUCACUGUUAAUUUACCUUAGGACUUUUUAUUUUCUGUAUCUUUUUCCUUUUUCUUUUUUUUUUACUUUAUAUUUUUCUUCUUGAACAAAAUGCAGGAAAAAUAUUACUGUUGAACACUACUCUCAAAACCAAUCUGUGUAUUAACAGUCAUGCUUUAGAAAAUAAUUUGUUUGGUUAUUAAAAGGAAAGAGAGAGAAGGAGAGUCAGCACUCAGUUUUAAGUCGUGAUAUUUUGUAUGGUGCUAGGAUUUCAUUGCUUGGGGAGGAGGAUCCAUAUCGAUCUCCUUUUAUUUAAUUCCAUAGUAUUUUUUUGGAUAAUCACUGUAAAAUGAUUUGUAGACAUUGUGGGCUUUGCAAGGUGGUUCACGUAAAAGAUGUGGUGGAAAGUAUUUGAAGGUAGUUUUAAGCCAAUUACUGUACACUAUUGUGAGAGGACUUAGGCUUCAGAAAAUUUAUAAAUAGCAUAAAAAUAAAUGAGGCUUUAUUCUUUAACUUCCUUGUCAAUCUGCAUUUAACAAAGACAUCUAUGAGUAGUAUUAAAUUCCUUUAAUAAGUAAAAAAAAUCUUUGCAUAAAAUAACGUAGAUGGCCAUAUUUAAUUAACAUUUGGGUACUUAUCCUUGGAGGAUAUAAUUACAGUGUUCAAGGAAGAUGGUUAUAAUGGUAUUAGAUUUAUAUGAGUGGGUUCUUUUAAUGUUAUAUUAUGAAGGUCCAAUGUGCCUCAUUGAAAAUUUUUUUAACCUGCAGGUAUACAAAAUCUGAGUUAUUUUAUACUUCUUACAAAGAAACAUUCAUUUUAUCAUUGCAUUUUGUCUUGUGUGGUUUCAAAAUCAAGUUUCUUUCCAGUUUGCUAUUGGUUUUACAUUGGAAUUUUGUCCUCAGUCUCUGUAUAUAUAGCUCCUACUAGCUUCAGUGAGUCUCAUUGCAGAGGAAGGCAUUUUUUACCAGAGGUUUGCUGACAAUAAAUGUGAGGGACUGAAACA